AUGGGCUUCAAUGGCGUAGCUGUGAAAUUCCACCCGUCUGAUCAUCGGGUCGCUUUGGUUGUCAAAAAAGAAAUUGCAGGUGCUUCUCUUAUUGACACACAUGACUUCCAAUCAACCGACCACCCUCUCACAAUAUCAGAGAUUAUCCAAGAUAUCAAUGAUUUCUCAUGGUGCUCAUCAAAACUGCAUGAUUCUUUGAUCUCGGGUGCUAAAGAUGGGACUGCAUUCCUCUUAAAUGUGAAUAGUUCUAAACUAAUUAAACGCUUCAAUGCACACAUCUCCCGCAUUACCUUCAUUGAUUUCAACCUCACAGAUUACACUUUCAACACAGCGUCAUGGGACAAGACUGUUAGGCUGUUGAAAAUCGAUGAAGAAAACUGCAAACUAGUUACACACAUCCUGAUUGUAUGA